AUGGCCUCAGCGUGCUUGUGCUCCUGCUUUGAAAAUUACUCGUCGAUUUCCACUGCCAGAUCUGCGAGGGCGGCAAGGGCGCAUCCCUCCGCACACGCCAGCACGCCGGGGACGUGGCGCUCGAGGCGCCUGGCGACUGUCGCUCGCGAAUCGCGCCCCCAACCACUGCGAAGAGCACAGUUUGCAGCUGCAACUGCAGCAGCAGCUCAGCUGCAUCCAGAUCCAUCGCCUCGAAAUCAGCCUGCCCGCCCGCCCGCGCGGCUGCCUGUGCCUUUCGCCAAGCUGCUGUUCCAGUCGAGUUGGUCUGCAAGAGAUGCGCGUCCUUCGGUGGUGCAGCUGCAGCUCCGACAGCACUUGGAAGCCGCUCGCCCCUUUGGCUUCUCGGCCCAAAUGGCCAUCCACCCCAUCAUCGGUCUCAGUCGCGCAGACGCGCUCGCUCCUCUGCCUGGCUGUGGCUCUAGCUGUAGCUGGGCCGUGUCCGCCCUUUCUGGCCCCCCACCCAAAGUGGCGCACCCCCAGCUCGCCGCCGCCGCCUCCUCCGCCGCCCGCCCAGAGCCAUCGCGGCUGCUGUCGAUUCCGAUUCGUCCAAUUCGCAUCUGCCGCCCGGCUGCAGCUCCACCCCGUCGCUCGCAUCCCCUUUAUAAACGCAAGUGGCCGCGCCAGCCUUCCUUCAACGUGCUCCUUCUCCAUCCCUCCGCCCGCGCAUCCACCCGUCAGCCGGCCGGCUCCGCUUCCUCUCGCACAAGCGAGCUCCAGGCACCUCCGCUCGCGCCUUCCGCCAUCGCGACUGGCAUCACGAAUCCUGCUCAAGGCUUCCUUCCGCGUCGAGCAACACACGCUGACUCUUUGCCAGCCUCGAUCUACAGAGCCAAUCCCGAUGCGCGCAACCUCGGUCCACGCCUAGACUCGUCGUCACCCGAACAUACGGUUGUCUCCAUCCGCAGCCUGCAUCGCUGUCCCCGGCAUCCGCUCGUUUCACGGCUCCUCUCGCCAAGCUCUUCAUGCUUUGCCAUCGCCACCUCCCACCACCUCCGCUCCCCUUCAGCAUCCCUCGCCCCCGCCCCGCGCGGCCCGGCUGCCGUUGCGCUCGUCAUCAUGGAGGAUCUCUCCGCCGACGACGACAUCCUCUCGGAUGUCCUCGUCGACAACCUCGAAUUCGAGCCCGCCAUCUCCACGCACAAGAUGAAUCCCAACUACCGAGGCCACCGAUUCGACCGUAAUGCUGUCAGCCUCAUCGUCAGAAAGCGCGUCGUCGUCGAAAAGGACAUCUCGGCCGCCAUCGACGACCUCAGCAAGCUCGGCAUCGUCCAAAAGUACCUCACCAACAAGACACAGCGCCAGACCGCCAGCUUCCAGGCGCACGCACGCCGCUACCUCGAGAGCUACCUGCCCGAGAGCGGCGUCGAGUUCGCCUUGACCACCCGGUACAAGCGCGUCAUGAUGGAAAAGGCCGGAAAGGCGCAUGGCGCCGACGCUGUCGCCUCCACGUCCGCCGUCAAGCUCGAGGACGGCAUCCCCGCGCCCGCCUCCAAAGACCCGCCCGCGGAUGACAGAGGCAAGUCCAGAUCCAAGGGGCGUUCGUCCCUCGAUCGCGCCGCAACCAGCAUCGGUGCUGCGCCCGCUGCCUCCGAGAAAGCCGACCUUUCCGUACUCGCCAUGCGCACCUUCAAACCGGGCGAGCUCAUCAGUCACUGCAAGGGUGGCUUAAAAGAUCUCACCAAAAGCGAAGACGACGCGCUGCGCGAGGAAGCCACCGCCUCGCGCGAAAUACGCAAAGACUCCGAAUACAAGGGCGUCCUGGGUCCCGGCCGCGACUUUUCCGUCAUCAGGUCAGCGCGCAAGGGAUGCAGUCAGCUUCUGCUCGGCCCAGCAAGGUUCGUCAACCACGAUUGCAAUCCCAACACCGAAUUCUACCGCAUGGGCUCCACCAUGGUCUUCAAGGUCAUCCGGCCCAUCCACCGCAACGAGGAGAUCACCACCUUCUACGGCGAAAAUUACUUCGAGUGGGCCAAUGCGGAAUGCAUGUGCGCCACCUGCGAGGCCCGCGGUACGGGUGCCUUCUCGGAUCCGUCAGCCGCAGCCGAGGACGCGCCGACGAAAGGAGCUGAUGGCGUGGAGAUCAAAUCGGAGGAUGGACCUUCAUCCAACGGCACACCGAAUGAGGCAAAUGGGCGACGACAAUCGCGGCGGUCGAGUCGACCGACCGGCACAUCCUCGGCACUCCCUUCUCCCUCACCGACACCGUCUUUGACGCCCUCUCUUACUACCGUUCUAGGCGAUGAGGUGGCCAAGGACAAGAAGUCCAAGCGCGACUAUCUGGCCGAUCUCAAGCUUGCCGAGCAUGGGCCUUCAGACGACCGUUCCGAUCCAUGGGCCGAAGGUGCAGGCCCCAAGUGUCGCUGCCUCACCUGCGGCGCGACAUUCUGGGCGCCGGAGAAGUGGUGGACUCCGGACGAGUGCCCGCGAUGCGAACGUCACUACAAGAUCUUCAAAGCCGACUGGCCAGGCCGCGUGCCGACCGAGGGCGCCUUGGCGCGAAAGGCGGGCGUCAAGCGCAAGUCGAGUGCCGAGAUGAUUUCGGAUCACUUUGCCGCCUCUUCCUCACCGGCCAGGAAUGGCAAGGAGCGCUCGCAGACGCCCACCGAUCUCAAGGCCAACGCCACGCCAAAGUCGCAGAAGAAGCAGCGAGCCGCAAAGACUGGCGCGGGCAGCGGGACAGCAAACACAUCCUCACCCGCUACAAAACCUCCUUCGAAGGCUUCGAAUCGGCCAGCAAAGGCAUCUGCGAAUAGCAGUGUUGUGCAAGAACGGCAAGACGAAGCUAGCGUGGCACGCUCGCUUGCGUCUCCGAAAUCCACCGUCACCAAGGCUACUAGUCUUCCCGCCGGCACUUUCAAAGUGGCGAGCAAGCAGGAAGAUCUUUAUGGAUUGGACUCUGAUGGCUCCGAUCUCACGCCCGAGCCCGAGUCCGAUCGCGGCGACGCUGUCAAGAUGGAAGACGUCGACGAGGACGACGACGAGGACACCGGUCCGCGGCCCGCUGGCGUCGCUGGCCUUUCUCAAUCUGGUCAGAUCCACCGGUCCUCCUCCUCCUCCAGCACCAGCCCCGGUCCGCCCGGGCCGAAGAUGCUCGGCAAGAACGCCAAGACAGACGUGCUGGCCCAAUACUGGGGCGCUGCUGAAGGCGAUCGCAGAGCACGGCGAAAGGCGGCCUCAAAGCCGGGCCCCACUCUGCUCUCCGCUCGCCGCGCAUCGCAGGAUAUCCACAUCAAGCCCUCGGAAAGGCGAUCGAGCUUCCGCGAAACGAGCACAGACGAACAUGGUGUGCCGAAGCCGAAGCGGCGCCUGGUGGCCGAGUCGGCGUCCGACGCAGAGGACGCAGGUAUCACCCCGACUCCUCCGCGAUCAGUGCCGCCGACGGCAUCCAAGCAUCGCAAGACAUCGAGCAUGAACGAUGCUUCCUUGGCACAGCUUCGAACGAAAGCGGAAGCUCAGGCUGCGGCAGCAGAUCGACCGGUGACGGCCGGUGUUGUUGCACCUGUUCCAAGCGUUCAAAGCGCUGCAAUCGCCGCGAACCCAUCGCCCGCACUCUCGCAGGCGCCGAAAAGUUCAGCAGGCAACAUGCCCGGUCUUGCGACAUCAGGUGUCGAGCGCACGUCCGAAUCCAACCUGGCGCUCUUCUGGUCUGCCGGUGUCGGGGGCACCAGGAACCGUCGGCAAGCGCAGAGAGAACCGCAGACGGUGCUCGUCCCGACGGUGCCUUCCAAGCGACCGAGGAACCCAUCCGAGUCGAGUCGCAGUCGCACUCCAGAAGUCAAGAAGUCGCGAGCCUCGUCGCGUCCAGAUGCGGUCAACGGCGAUGACGACGGGAGCGGCAGGGAGAGGAGCCGGCGAUCGAGGUCCAUCGCGGUCUCUGAAGACACUGAAGAGACCUCUAAAGAGACCAGUCAAGACAACAGCGACGCGGACGAAGACGAGGCCGACGUGCCAAUGCGACCGUACAUGUUCUCAGCCAUCAGCAAGGCGCUGCAGUCGAAUGGCAGCACAGACGCCAGCCAUCUGGUCGACACGAAAGGCCCGCUCCUUCCAUCCGCACCGCUGUUCCGCCCACCGGGCUUGAUUCGACCCGACCUCGCGACUGUUGCGGCGCGAUCCAAUUCACCGCUUGCGGGCCCUCCGCGCGGCGCCACCGGCCAACCCAUGCGCAAGAACCUCCGUUGGGGCAGCGGCAAGACGUCGAUGAGCCGGCCCCUGGGUCCCAACGGAAGCCCGCUUGGUCGACCUCCGACGAGUCUCAACGGCAGCCCAAUGGCGACUGUGGCGCCGCGAGUCGAGCCGGCAAAGGACGGCGCAUCGCCCCUGACUGCGGCGCUUGCGGCAGUGAACAAGGUGCAGGAGAGCGCCGCUGCUCCUGGCACCCUGAAGCCAUUGCCGGAGCGCAUGGACGCAUCGCCCUUGGAACCGAGCCUCCACCAGCCUGCGGUGGAUCAAAGCCAAGCGCUCGGGCCCGAACUUAUAAGCACGGAACGCUCUCCGAUGGUGGAGGCGAAGCCGGAAGCAGUCUCUGCAGGCCAACCAGGCGACGAGGCCCCGGCCACGGACGUUUCGGCCACGGAUGUUUCGGCCCCUCUCGCAGACGGUGCCGAUGCUUUUGGCGAUGCAGCUGCGUCGGAGCAACCGAAGCCUGAGGAGACGCCGAUCGCAGCUUUGACGGAGCAGAGCAGCGUGCAAGACGCGGAAAUGGGCGUCUUGCCGCCGGAAGGAAAAGACGUGGCAGCUGCGGCGGCAGAAGCGGCCGACUCGCAACAACGACGCACCUCGGGCCGAGCUCGCAAGGCGCCCGAGAUGGCGGCCGGUCAGAUCCCGUACAAGGGCAGCCUCGUCAAGCUUGCGGCUCAGCGAGCCAAGGAAGCCAAGAGCGGUCCCAACUCACCCAGAUCGACGGGCGCCCACUCGCCCGACGCGCGCAACCAGAGUCCCAAGUCAAGCCGUUUCAUGACGCCUACGGCUGAGGUCGCAGGGGAGCUGGCCGAGACCGCAGGCAAAGGCGAGCUCGAGAUUGCCGCGCCUGAAGAAGUCGUCGCCCGCAUCGAGGGUGAUGGUAGUUGCCUCGGAGCCGGCAUGGGCGCAGCGACGGUAGCAUCGUCGCACGACUCACCGAUGGACCUUGAUUGA